AUGGGAAAGACAGUUUAUGCAUAUCAAAUCAUGAACGACAAAGAUAUACCGGAUACUAUCGUUCGCACGAGUACUAUUCCUGAGGAACUUGGUCGAAUCGAAUAUUUUCUGUCUGAUAAGACGGGGACUCUCACCAAAAAUGAUAUGGAGCUUAAAAAACUUCACAUGGGAACAAUGUCAUAUGGUGUUGAGUCCUUAGAAGAUUUAUCAAAUCAGCUUGCCGCAGCAUUCCAACAGACUAAAGAAUCAACAAGUGGUCGUCAUCAUCCUCAUGGGAAAAGUAAGCGAGACAUGACUUCCAGGGUUCGCGAUAUAGUGCUUGCUUUGGCCUUAUGUCACAAUGUUACACCGGUCGUGGAUGAUGGAGAAGAGCCAACCUAUCAGGCUUCAUCACCUGAUGAAAUUGCCAUAGUUCGAUGGACUGAACGAGUGGGCCUAACUUUGGUGUUUCGAGAUAUGAAUGAGAUACAUCUUCGAACAAGAAAUGACACUAUUCUCGAGUUUCAAAUUCUCCAUACAUUUCCAUUUACCAGUGAGUCUAAAAGAAUGGGAAUAGUGGUGAAAGACAAAGCUACGAAUGAGAUAAUGUUCUAUCAAAAAGGGGCUGAUGUGGUGAUGAGUAGAAUUGUUCAUUAUAAUGAUUGGCUAGAUGAAGAAUGUGGAAAUAUGGCAAGGGAAGGGUUGAGAACGUUGGUUAUUGCUCGGAAGAGGUUAUCUGAUGAUGCUAAAUCGAGCAUUUCAGAUCGCAAAGCCCAAGAAUCCGCUGUUGUAUCAAGUAUUUUGGAAAAUGACUUGGAGCUUUUGGGAGUUACUGGGGUUGAGGAUAAACUUCAAGAUGGACCGGUCUUAAAAUAUGGAUGUUGA